UUUUAUAAGAUUUGACUGAUUUUCUUUUUCUCCCUUGCCUCCCAUUUAGGUUUUAUAGGUUCACAUUAACAAAAGCACCAUGGAGUUUUAUGAAUCAACAUAUUUUAUUGCCCUUAUUCCUUCAGUAGUUAUUACAGUAAUUUUCCUCUUCUUCUGGCUUUUCAUGAAAGAAACGUUAUAUGAUGAAGUUCUUGCAAAGCAGAAAAGAGAACAGAAGCUUAUUCCUACAAAAACUGAUAAAAAGAAGGCAGAGAAGAAAAAAAAUAAAAAGAAAGAAAUUCAGAAUGGGACCCUCCACGAAUCUGAUUCUGAGAAUGUACCUCGAGACUUUAAAUUAUCUGAUGCUUUGGCUGUAGAUGAUGAACAAGUUGUACCUGUUCCAUUGAAUGUGGUUGAAACUUCAAGUGGUGUUAGGGAAAGAAAGAAGAAGGAAAAGAAACAAAAACCUUUGCUUGAGGAGCAGGCCAUCAAAGAUAUUGAUGCAUCAAAGAUUCCUGGCAAAAAAAUAGAACCUGUCCCAGUUAUAAAACAGCCUACCCCGCCCUCUGAAGCAUCUGUCUCAAAGAAGAAACCAGGGCAGAAGAAGUCUAAAAAUGGAAGCGAUGACCUGGAGAAAAAGGUAGACACGCUCAUGGCACCUUCAAAAAAGCAAGAAGUAUUACCCUUCCAUCAAGAGAUUAAGCAAGAAGGUGGAUCAGGAAAGAAGAAACUUUCAUCAAAGAAACAGAAGGCAGAAAAUGUGUUGGUAGAUGAACCCCUUAUUCAUGCAACUACUUAUAUUCCUUUGAUGGAUAAUACUAACUCAAAUCUUGUGAUGGAUAAGAGAGAAGUUACUGAUCUGAUUAAACCUGACCAAGUGGAAGGGAUCCAGAAAUCUGGGGCUAAAAAACUGAAGAUUGAAACUGACAAAGAAAAUGCUGAAGUAAAAUUUAAAGAUUUUCUUCUGUCCUUGAAGACUAUGAUGUUUUCCGAAGAUGAGGCUCUUUGUGUUGUAGACUUGCUGAAAGAGAAGUCAGGUGUGAUACAAGAUGCUUUAAAGAAGUCAAGUAAAGGAGAAUUGACUGCACUUCUGCAUCAGCUUCAGGAAAAGGACAAAUUGCUUGCUGCUCUAAAGGAAGAUGCUGCUGCAGCAAAGGAUCGCUGUAAACAGUUAACCCAGGAGCUGAUGACAGAGAAAGAAAGAAGCAAUGUGGUUAUGGCAAGGAUGAAAGAUCGGAUUGGAACAUUAGAAAAGGAACAUAAUGUAUUUCAAAACAAGAUGCAUGUCAGUUAUCAAGAGACUCAACAGAUACAGAUGAAGUUUCAACAAGUUCGAGAGCAGAUGGAAGCAGAGAUAGCUCACUUGAAGCAGGAAAAUGGUAUAUUGAGAGAUGCAGUCAGCAAUACUACAAACCAGCUGGAAAGCAAGCAGUCUGCAGAACUAAAUAAACUACGCCAGGAUUAUGCUAGGUUGGUAAAUGAGCUGACUGAGAAAACAGGAAAGCUACAGCAAGAGGAAGUUCAAAAGAAGAAUGCUGAGCAAGCGGUCACCCAGUUGAAGGUUCAAUUACAAGAAGCUGAGAGGAGAUGGGAUGAAGUUCAAAGCUACAUUAGGAAACGAACAGCAGAGCAUGAGGCAGCACAGCAAGAUUUGCAGAGUAAAUUUGUGGCCAAAGAAAAUGAAGUGCAGAGUCUGCAUAGCAAGCUUACAGAUACCUUGGUAUCAAAGCAACAGUUGGAGCAAAGACUAAUGCAGCUAAUGGAAUCAGAGCAAAAAAGAGUGAACAAAGAAGAGUCUCUACAAAUGCAAGUUCAGGAUAUUUUGGAGCAGAAUGAAGCUUUGAAAGCUCAAAUUCAGCAAUUCCAUUCCCAGAUAGCAGCUCAGACCUCUGCUUCAGUUCUAGCAGAAGAAUUACAUAAAGUGAUUGCAGAAAAGGAUAAGCAGAUAAAACAGACUGAAGAUUCUUUAGCAAAUGAACAUGAUCACUUAACAAGUAAAGAGGAGGAGCUUAAGAAUAUACAAAAUAUGAAUUUUUUAUUAAAAGCCGAAGUGCAGAAAUUACAGGCCCUGACAAAUGAACAGGCUGCAACUGCACAUGAGUUGGAGAAGAUUCAAAAAAGUAUUCACAUUAAAGAUGAUAAAAUAAGAUUGCUUGAAGAACAGCUACAAUGUGAGAUUUCAAACAAAAUGGAAGAAUUUAAGAUUCUAAAUGACCAAAACAAAACAUUAAAAUUAGAAGUACAGAAGCUACAGACUCUUGUUUCUGAGCAGAUAUUUGGGCUGAAGAGAUUAGGUUCAUGGUUUGAGGCCAUUUCAGGCACAAACAUUCAAGAGAAAGAUGAGAAGUUAAAGACUGUAGAAGAAUUACUUGAAGCUGGACUUAUUCAGGUGGCCACUAAAGAGGAGGAACUGAAUGCUCUAAGAACAGAAAAUUCAACCCUGAUGGAAGAAGUUCAAGCUUUAAAGGCUAAGCAAAAUGAUCAGGUUUCUUUUGCAUCUGUAGUUGAAGAACUUAAGAAAGUGAUCCAUGAGAAGGAUGGAAAGAUCAAAACUGUAGAAGAGCUUCUGGAAGUUGAACUUCUCAAAGUUGCUAAUAAAGAGAAAACUAUUCAGGAUUUGAAACAGGAAAUAGAGGCUCUAAAAGAAGAAAUAGGAAAUGUCCAGCUUGAAAAGGCUCAACAGUUAUCUAUCACUUCUCAAGUUCAGGAGCUUCAGAAUUUAUUAAGAGGAAAGGAGGAACAGAUGAAUACUAUGAAGACUAUUUUAGAAGAGAAGGAGAAAGACCUGGCGAGUAGGGGGAAAUGGCUACAGGAUCUUCAAGAAGAAAAUGAAUCUUUAAAGGCUCAUAUUCAGGAAGCAGCACAAUAUAACUUGCAAGAGGCAUGUUCUGCAUCACGAUUUGAAGAACUUGAAGUUGUGUUGAAAGAAAAGGAAAAUGAAAUGAAGAGAGUAAAAGCUAUGUUAAAUGAGAAGGAGAGUGAUCUUUCUAGCAAAACACAGCUGUUGCAGGAGUUACAAGAUGAAAAUCAGCUGCUUAAAUCUCAAAUUGAACAGAUCAAGCAGGAGAACUACCAACAGGCCCCUUCUUUUCCCCCUCACGAAGAAUUACUAAAAGUGAUUUCAGAGAGAGAAAAUGAAAUAAUUGGGCUCCAGAAUGAGUUAACGUCCUUGAAGAAUGCUGUUGAACACCAGAGAAAGAAAAACAAUGACCUUCGGGAGAAAAACUGGGAAGCAAUGGAAGCAUUGGCAUCAACUGAAAAAUUGCUGCAGGACAAAGUGAACAAGACUUCCAAGGAAAGUCAACAACAUAUACAGUCUGUUGAAUUGGAGGCUAAAGAAGUUCUCAGAAAAUUAUUUCCAAAAGUAUCUGUGCCUUCUAAUUUGAGUUACAGUGAAUGGUUACAUGGAUUUGAAAAGAAGGCAAAAGAAUGUAUAGCUGGAACUUCAGGUUCAGAGGAGUUUAAGGUUCUAGAGCACAAAUUGAAAGAAGCAGACGAAAUGCAUACAUUGUUACAGCUAGAAUGUGAAAAAUAUAAAUCCGUCCUUGCAGAAACAGAAGGAAUUUUACAGAAGCUGCAAAGAAGUGUUGAACAAGAAGAAAAUAAAUGGAAGGUGAAGGUUGAUGAAUCACAGAAGACUAUUAAGCAGAUGCAGUCAUCAUUCACAUCUUCAGAGCAAGAGCUAGAGCGAUUAAGAAGAGAAAAUAAGGAUAUUGAAAAUCUGAGAAGAGAACGAGAACAUUUGGAAAUGGAACUAGAGAAGGCAGAAAUUGAACGAUCUACCUAUGUUUCAGAAGUCAGAGAGCUGAAAGAUCUGUUGACUGAAUUGCAGAAAAAACUUGAUGAUUCAUAUUCUGAAGCAGUAAGACAGAAUGAAGAGCUUAAUUUGCUGAAGACACAGUUAAAUGAAACACAUUCAAAACUUAGAACUGAACAAAGUGAAAGACAGAGGGUAGCUGGUGAUUUACAUAAGGCUCAACAGUCUCUAGAUCUUAUCCAGUCAAAAAUAGAAAAAGCUGCUGGAGACACUACUGUUAUUAAUAAUAGUGAUGUUCCCCCAGAUUCGGAGUCUUCUGAGAAGGAAACAAUGUUUUUAAGUCUUAAUCAAACUCUAACACAGUUACGGCAGUUGCUUCAGAAAGUAAACCAACAGCUCAUAAAAGAGGAAUAACAACAUUUACCAAGUCUUGGAGUGAAGUUAUUUGAAAACUGUUCAAGGAUAACUGAAGGCAUUGUAUUAUAUUUUGCCAAAUUAAAGCCUUAUUUAUGUUUUCACCCUUUCUACUUUGUCAGAAACACUGAACAGAUUUUGUCUUUUCUAAUCCUUGUUAGACUACUGAUUUAAAGAGGAAAAAAAAACCUAAAAAAAAGUCAACUCUGUAGACACCUUCAGAGUUUAGUUUUAUAAUAAAACUGUUUGAAUAAUUAGACCUUUACAUUCCUAAAGAAAAAUAAACAUGUAAACUUUACAUUAUUUUACUCAAUGAAAUUGUUGAGAAGAUCAAAGUGGUCAAAACAACAUAAAAUUUAACAUUUUAAUACUGAUAUUGUACACUGUUUUACUUAAUACUUUGGGUAGUAACUGCCUCCGACAUCAAGGAAAACACUUUUGUUGCUAAUGAAAUCAGUUUUUGUAAUGGCAGUCAACAAAUAAAGGGACACUUAUUAUUCAAA